AUGGUACACGACAACAUCCAAGUGAGCUCCAAAUGGAUGAUACCAGCAGGAACAUUUGGACUGGGAUGCCAUCACUCCCCCCACAACUGUAAAACCCUUUAUGACAAUAUCAAAGUGACUUUCGUGGUUUCUACACCCCCAAACAUCACCCUGGGAUCUUUCCAGUCAUUCCUUCCCAAGAAAAGUGCCCUGUUAGGCGAGAAAAAGCUUCCUGCAGACUCAUGCAAACAGAUUCAUGAUGCAAGUCUCGCGAGCAACAAACCGCGCGCUAAGAAUGGCGUUUACUGGAUCAAGACAGACCUCCAAGGCAGCUCGUCUGUGCAGACUUACUGCGACAUGAAAAACGGUGGCUGGACCCUUGUAGGGAAAAUCGGCGGAAAUGUGGGCAACAUUUACGAUAAAUGGUUGGUGUCUAAGCACAACACUGCCUCGUUGAAGUCUCCAAAGAUCACAGGACAGAAACAGUUUGCUUGCUUUGACGCGCGCAGCUUAGCAGUAGAUGAGUCGUCCACGGUCCUGUUGUCCAGCGGUGAGAGGAUGGAUGGGUUGGGGAGCAAGUGGGUCAUGUGGAGGUUGCCUGGUGGUAGGGAAAAAGACUCGUUUUGGCGCUAUUCUGUUGGACCAUCAGCUGUGAAGGCAGCUGUACAAACACCCGUCAUGGUGUACGCUUGGAAUGGAUGGAUAAGAACUGGUCUUUCCUUUGUCGAAAAUAUGCUGCACUUGGGCCCCUUCCAUAAAAGUCUGAAUCCGCCACUCACCUGUGUCCUUUAAGCCCAAUUUGUGGAGUGGAUAGCGUUAUCCACUGGACAAAUUUCUAUCCAGUGAAUAACGAAAUUGGUUCCCCUAUAAUUGUUCAUUUAACAAUUUAUUGUAUAAGGCUGAGUAUGAUCGACAAAGUUUCAGGAUUUUUCCUCUCGCAGAUACUCAUCAAAAAGUAGAUAAAAUCCAGCAGCCUCGUUUCCAGGCAAAUAUACCUUAAAUCAGCCUCGUUACCAAGCAAGUAUAUUGCUCGCAUCUUCCAAAUUUGAUCAACGACGGCUGAUUGUGAAGAAUUUUGCCGGGAGAAAUGAGCCAGUUAGAAAAGGCGAAAUAUUUUGAAUGAAUAAUAAAAUGAUUUAUCCGGUGGAUAGCACUAUUCAGCGCUAAAGAGGAGAUCUAAAGAGGGGCUUGUCGCUUUUAAACUCGGUUGCAAAAACACUUGACAGAAGAGAAGAGUCAGCCUUGCAAUUCACACCCUAUCUCAGAGUACAUCUAUCGAGCGGUGCACAAAAUACUAGUUUAUCACAAACAAUCAGUGAACUCAAAACAGCUUUCUGUAGGUCUCUUGCUGAUUUUUUUCUCCUAGAUCUGUUACCAAAACAAGUUUGGGAUAAUGCCUCUUACUAGCCAUGGAGGCUCGUAUCCUUACGCCUCUUACAACACUGUAGGCUACACCGCCACAAACGACAACUGUAUGUCUGUUGGGGUAAUGACCAAAGGAUCCACUGCGCAUGGCUGGUCCCAGAGUGCCAGUGGUUACGAUAGUCCAAGCAGUGAUUCUGAUUGGCCGAACAGGUCACACAACCAUCAGUCUCCACACCUGACGAUCUGGCUCAAGUAA